AUGAGUAUCACUCCUUUUCGCUCCUUUACGAUUCUAGCCUUUUCAUUCAUCGUAUGUAUACUUUUAUAUUUCAUCGUAUCAUUGAUUUUACUCUAUACAAACCCCGAUUUCACCAACUUGUUAGUCUCUUCAUCACAUUUCUCUACACCCACUUGUCUCGAACAUAUAGUCUUCGGUUUAGCCUCUAGCAAAUCAUCUUGGACGAAGCAAAAGGACUUCGUUAAACUAUGGUGGAAACCCAACAAAACACGAGGAUGUGUGUUUGUCGAUAGCCUACCUAUCGACAUAAAUUCCACACACGACAAUAUUAGUCUUCCUCCAAUGUGUCUUUCAUCGAACACAUCACAAUUUCGUUACACCUACAAACAUGGGUACCGAUCUUUUAUAAGAAUGGCACGCAUUGUGUCCGAAACUGUUGAUUUAAACUACUCGAAUGUGCGAUGGUUCGUGUUUGGGGAUGCUCGAACAAUCUUCUUCGCGGAGAAUUUGGUGAAGACUUUGUCCAAGUAUGAUCAUAAUCUUUGGUAUUAUAUUGGAUCAAAUUCUGAGAUUUAUGAGCAAAGUAGAGUUGAUUCAUUUGAUAUGGCUGUUUGGGGAGCAGGAUUUGCUAUAAGUGCUCCACUUGCUAGGACAUUAGCUAAGGUUUUGGACUCUUGUUUGGGAAGGUAUCCCCAUUUAUAUGGGAGUGAUGGAAGGAUAUAUGCUUGCUUAGCUGAACUUGGUGUUGGAUUGACACUUGAACGUGGUUUUCAUCAGGUGGAUGUCCGAGGGAAUAUAUUUGGAUUUCUAGCAGCUCAUCCCACAACACCGAUAGUAUCCCUCUCACAUUUGGAUGAAGUUGAUCCAAUCUUCCCAAACAAAUCAGUAAUCAAUUCUCUUCAUCAUCUCUUCAAAUCUACAACAAUUGAUUCUGAGAGAAUUUUACAGCAAACUGUAUGUUACGAUCGUUGGUUUUUCUGGACAAUUUCGGUUUCUUGGGGUUACGCCGUCGAAAUUUACAAUCACCACAUACAUUUAUCGGAUGUUCUUCGGAUGCAAGAAACUUUUAAUCCUUUGAAGAAAGGAGCAGCGACGAAUUAUUUGCUUAGUACAAGGCCUGUUCAUCCUGAUCCGUGUCGAAGAUCGUCUGUUUUCUUUCUUGAUCGAGUAGAUGAUUCGAAAAUGCCGAUGAUUAUUGGUCGAUACAGAAGGAUUUUACCGGAAAACUGCAGUUUUGAUCCGAUGACUACGCCGAAAAAAUUGAAUGAGAUUGUUGUGUUUUCAAGGAAGUUAAAUCUCGGCAUUAAUCAGUUGCGGGCACCUAGAAGGCAGUGUUGUGAUGUGUUACCUCCCAAGGACGUUUCCAAAUUGGAGCUUUCAAUAAGGGAAUGCAGAGACGAUGAGCUAAUUAAAUUACAUAAAUAAUUUUUUUUUGUUUAAUCAUCUGAUAUAUUCACUUUGGGUACCAACAUUGGUGUACACUGUAAUAUUCAUUUUUAUAUGGGUUAAUUUUAUUUCUACAAGAGAUAAAUCAAAAUUCCUAAUGUAUAUUAGUUUGUCAAAUCGCUUAGUUGAGUUUUAGUUUUCU